AUCGCUACACCUGUUGUCAGUUAACGCGUUUGUGUGUCUCCUCCAGUGACCGCGCCCUAUAAAAGGAGAGUGAGAAGGGGAGGCCGGCGUCGAGGGCUUGAUAGUAGUGUGUGAGAGAGAGUGAGUUUGAGUUGUGUGCUGAAAAGCAACAAUAAAGAAAAUCAUUAAGAUGCAAACAGCCGCCUGCCGUGCUUCUGUGCUCCACCCACAUCAGGGUCUCUCUACAGUGGUGCCAAAACCUGAGACGAGUGCAGAAGGGAACAGCCCCAUGGAGUCCUCUCCGUUCAAGGACCUGAUCCGUGCUCUCGCCACAGCCCAGCAGAACCAGUACCAAGUGCUGGUCGCCCUCCGAAAGGAGCAAGAACAAUGGUUCGAAGCCUUGGUGCUGGCCCAACAGGAAGGUUGCCAGGCAUUCUGGCACCUGCUCGUGUCAGCGGGAUCCACAACUGCCACUGGAGCAGACCCUCCCCACCUCACCCUAACAAAAAUGGGUCCACGCGACGAUCCGGAAGCCUUCCUCGUGCUCUUUGAGGAAGCAGCGGAGGCAUGGGGUUGGCCGGUCGACCAGCGUGCGGCACGCCCCCUCCCCCUGCUGACGGGCCAGGCACAGCUGGCCGUGCUGCAGCUCCCCGCCAACAGCCGGCUCAUGUACGUGGACCUCCGACGAGCCAUCCUCCAGCAUGCCGGCCGCUCCCCAGAGCAACAACGGCAGCGCUUCCGCUCGCUGUGCUUGGAGGAGGUCGGCCAACCGUUCGGGCAACAACUCUGGGACACCUGCUGGCAGUGGCUGAGGGCAGACAACCGCGAUGCCGAGGGAGUGAUUGACCUGGUGCCAAUGGGGCAAUUCGUUGCGCGACUUCCGGAAGGAACAGCAGAGUGGGUCCAGUGUCCUCGCCCAGCAUUGCUGGACCAAGCUAUCGAGCUGGCAGAGGACCACAUGGUGGCAGUUCCAACGGCAGGAAGGCAUGUCUCCUCCUCUGUCUUCUUCCUCUGCUUCCCGUCUUCGCCCCAUUCCCCCACUGCGGAGGCCUGCUCCCCCUAGCUGGCCUGGUGCAUCUGUGGUGUCCUCCCGUUUUCCCCUUCCUUGUCUGUGUCCCCCCCCCCCCCCAGGUGAGUGAUGUCCACAACACCGGUGCAGAGGGAGAGCCUGGGCCGGUGUGCUGGCACUGUGGGGAGCCAGGACAUCUCCAACAUCAGUGCAACGCAAUGGAGGUGGGCGCGGUGGUCCGGGUCCCCAGUGCGCCAGAAACCGCCCUCGAUCAGGCCAGAGCGUAUCGUAUACCGACAGACGCAUCGAACAGAGGACUGGGGGCCAUUAGGUCCCAGAAGGUGGAGGAGCGUCCUGUGCUGUACCUUAGGCGGAAGCUGUCAAUGCGGGAAGGCAGGUACAGCACGAUGGCUAGGCACUCUAAGUGGGCAGUCCUUGCCCUCUGGUACUACCUACUGGGACACCCUUUUACUCUGUUUGGACCUUGCGCCCCUCCAGUGCCUCCACUGCAUGAAGGAUGCCAAUGCGCGGAUCACCCAUUGGUAUCUUGCCCUCCAGCCAUUUAAAUUCGAGGUGGUCCACAGGCCGGGGGCGCAGAUGGUGGUGGUAGUGGUGGUGGACUUCCUGUCCCGUCAAGGGGGCGGAGUCCGCUGCAGGCUGGACGGCAGAGUCCGCUGCAGGCUGGAUGGCUCCCCAGGCUGAGUCGGGUGGGGGUGUGGUCGAGCGGCAGUCUGUGAAUGGAGGGCAGAGUCAGGGAAGGUGAGUGGUCGUAUCGCUACACCUGUUGUCAAUUAACACGUUUGUGUGUCUCCUCCAGUGACCGCACCCUAUAAAAGGAGAGUGAGAAGGGGAGGUCG